AAUUUCGAAUUUGUGAUUUUUUUUUCGAGUACAAAGGCGGCAAUUUUUAAUCGUUGCUUCUGAAUUGAUCUUUGCAGUCUAUGAUUUAUCUCUGUUUGAUCUAGAUAUAAUAUCAAGGAUGUGCUUUUAAUAUUUUGCUUGUUUUAUUAAUAAUUACAUACUACAAUUCUUACAAAAUACAUUUUAUAUAUCAUCUUAAAAAAAAACCUUAUUUUUUACAUUAAGUGUAAGCCGGAAGCUCUGCUAUUUGUUUUUUCCAUUGUUAUUUAGUCACGACAUUCAUAAAUUUGUUUCUAAAUUAAUCAAUCAUGUUUCUUUAGUCGAAUGCCUUAAUUUAAGAACUUAAAUUUACUAAAAGGUGCAGAUAAAUUCGGAAAUAAUAUAAAAAUAGUGCGAUAAAAGUGAAAUAAAAAUGGUGAAAUGGAGAAAGCAGCAGUCUUUAGUAUCCGGGGACACUUCCGAAGAAGAAAUCGGUCACAAUUAUUUGAGUACGUUGAUGUAUGGUCGCUACCAACGCGACCUAAGCGAAGCGGCGAGAGAAGAAGCGAGAAGACUCAGAAGACUGCGAAAGAAGAGAAGAAAAGAUGACAAACUCCGACAGAAGGAGCUGGAAGCUUCUGGCAAACACAGACCGAGGGGAAAGUUCUUUAAAGUAUUAGGGUACCUAUGGAGGCAUACAUUCGCAAGGCUCGGAGAAGAUUGGGUAUUCCUGGCCGUGCUGGGAAUCGUCAUGGGGUGUUUGAACUUCGCUAUCGACCAGGGUAUCGCUGUGUGUAAUAAUGCCCGAACCUGGAUGUACAAAGACGUAGCAACAACCAUCUUCAGCAAGUAUGUAGCGUGGGUGUCUCUGCCUGUGUGUUUGAUACUGUUUGCAGCUGGCUUCGUGCAUAUAGUAGCAGCUCAAAGUAUAGGAUCUGGUAUACCGGAAAUGAAGACGAUACUCAGGGGUGUGCACCUCAAAGAGUACCUCACGUUUCGAGCCCUCGUCUCGAAGGUCGUGGGUUUGACGGCCACCCUAGGUUCUGGACUGCCUUUGGGUAAAGAGGGUCCAUCAGUGCACAUAGCAUCAAUGGUGGCCUCCCUCCUUUCCCGGCUAGUGACCACCUUCCAGGGUAUAUACGAGAACGAAUCCCGGACCACGGAGAUGUUAGCAGCCGCGUGCGCAGUGGGUGUGGCUUCUUGCUUCGCUGCGCCUGUGGGGGGUGUGUUAUUCUCAAUCGAAGUAACGACGACAUACUUUGCUGUCCGCAAUUACUGGCGGGGUUUCUUUGCCGCUUGUUGCAGUGCUAUUAUGUUCCGCUUACUAUCAGUAUGGUCAGGUGCAAUGCCGACAGUCAAACCACUGUUCCCAACCAGUCUACCUCAAGACUUUCCGUUUGAUCCACAAGAGUUCGCUGUUUUCGUACUACUAGGCAUUGUGUGUGGUCUAAUGGCGGCGCUAUGGGUGUGGCUGCAUCGUCAAUAUGUGCUCUUUAUCCGUAACACUAAGUAUUUGAGCACUUUCCUGCAGAAAAAUCGUUUCAUUUACCCCGGGUUUGUGACCUUGGCAGUAAUGUCGAUACUGUUCCCGCCCGGGAUUGGAAAAUAUAUGGCAGCUGACCUGGGCAAUCAACCACAGGUAUUAUCUCUCUUCGCCAACUUCACAUGGUCAGACGAACUGACAGCAGAACAAGCGGCCAUUGUGUCUCACUGGCAGACACCCGAAGUGGACCAUUUUGGGUGCCUCAUUAUAUAUUUCUUUAGUAUUUACUUCCUCAGCAUGGUAUCAUGUACUCUACCAGUGCCUGCUGGUAUAUUCGUGCCGGCUUUCAAAAUGGGCGCCUCUUUGGGCAGGUUUACGGGCGAAGUUAUGCACUAUUUCUGCCCGUUGGGCGUGGCGUAUGGCGGACAUAUACAGAAGAUAUUGCCUGGGGGCUACGCCACGGUUGGUGCGGCCGCUUUCACUGGAGCAGUUACACAUACUGUGUCUACGAUUGUUAUAGUUAUUGAAAUGACUGGACAGGUAACCCAUCUGCUCCCAAUAAUGGCGGCAGUAUUAGCAGCUAACGCAGUUGCAGCUCUUUUGCAGCCAUCUUGCUUCGACAGUAUUAUACUUAUCAAGAAACUGCCGUAUCUGCCUGAUUUAUUGUCUUCUGCUAGCCGCAUGUACGACAUUUGCGUGGAAGACUUCAUGGUGAGAGACGUGAAGUAUAUUUGGAAUAGAAUGACGUUCCAGCAACUGAAGGAUAUUCUUAAAGCGAAUAAGACGAUCAAAAGCUUCCCGCUAGUGGACAGCCCAGCAUCCAUGGUCCUGCUCGGCUCGAUCCACCGCUGGGAGCUGGUGAAGCUGAUCGAGCAGCAGGUGGGGCGGUCGCGGCGCCUGCAGGUGGCCGCGCUGUGGCAGCGGGAGGCCGAGAGGAGGAGGGAGGAGGAGAGGGUGCGGAGACCUUCGCGGUUCGAGGUGACACCGGCCCCAGAUAUGCUGCAAGUGCCGGGUAGCGGCAUGACGAGAGGCACUUCUCUCACUACCAAGGACCAGGGGGGACUUAUACCUGCCCCAGGCCAGCUCUUCCGUCCCAAGUCGAUCUUGAAAAAAACGAACUCGUUCACACUGAGCCGAGGGUUGGGCGCCCCCCCCUCCCCCUCGCUGCCCCACCCCGCUGUGUACACCACCGUCACCGGGGCGGAGACCAGGAUUCGUGCAGCAUUCGAAGCUAUCUUCAAAAGAUCAACCCUCCUACCAGACGUGGAGGGAGGUCUAUCUGAUGGUCUCAGUUUGCCUCGCAGUCCGUCUAUUAACAAGAAAGUGCAAUUGCCACGUGAGAGAGUAUGUGACAUGUCGCCAGAAGAUCAAAAAGCGUGGGAACAGCUAGAGAUGGCCAAAGAGAUCGACUUCGAUAGGAUGCUGCAAAUCGCUAGGAAACGAGAUAUGAAUCCAGACGACACAGACUACGAAGAUGAAAACCUGUACAUCUGUCACAUCGACCCGGCUCCCUUCCAGCUUGUUGAGAGAACGUCGUUGCUUAAAGUACAUUCUCUUUUCUCAACGUUGGGUGUAAGCAGAGCGUAUGUGACAGCCAUUGGACGACUCAUUGGUGUUGUAGCUUUGAAAGAGCUGCGCAAAGCCAUAGAGGAUGUCAACUCAGGAGCUCUAACAGCGGCAACCCGUCCCGCUCCCCCCACCCCUCCCACGCCCACCUCCCCCCCGCUGCUCAUCAAGGUGCACGCCGCAGAGCCCUCGCCCCCUAGCGAUAGUGACACCGCGCCGCUGACUCGGAAAUAGAGAAGGCGAAAUGGACCCAAUUGCUGGGAGCAAAGAGUCGCAAAUUAGUUAAAUUAUUUCAGUAUUUUUGAUAGUCAUUUUUACGAACUGGUGCUUCGAUACGUAUACAAAGUGAUCGAGUGAUUGUGUUAUUUAUUUAUAUUUUGAGAAUGUGUAUUUUAGUGUUCUAUAUAGAUAAUUUAUUAUUAUUGGUUCCCUAUUAAAAGAGAAAUAUGAAUUAGGCAAUAGUCGAAAUGUCUAUACGUAUAAGACAAGUCAAUAUAGGUUCUAAACAAAUUUAUUAUUGACUAAUAAAAUUAAUGACCAAAAUUCUGUGACUAUUAAAAUAACUCAAAAGACUAGAUAUAGUAUCUGAAUUUUUUCUUAUAGUACGGAAAUCAAUAUUUUUUGGCAGCGUUAUAGGUUGUGCGUACAAAGUGCGUAAAUAAGUACAGAUAAAAAAUAUUUGAUAUAUGAAUAUAUACAGCGUGUUUCUUAAGUAACCGGCUGUAUAGUCCAAAUUAAGGCUUGUGAUCAUUGUAAUCAUUCCAAAAGUUUUACAUUUAGUAUUAAGAAUUAGUUAGACAAUGCAAUGGAGCCUUUACAAUAUAUUUAUUUACAUUUUUUGAAUGAUUUUGAAAUCAAAAAUUUAUAAAUUUUUUGUUGACCGUACCACCAAUUUUCAUGCUUAUAUUCGCUAGCUUUUUUAACUUCUAAAAGUAAUAAUAAAAAGAGAAAAAUAUAUAUUUCGUGUUGUAAAAAACUUCUACGAUUAUUUAACGAUUUUUUUGUAUCGAAAUAUUUAAUUCCAAUGCUUUAAGCGUAGCUAGCGCGUUUGAAAAAAGUGAGGUUUUUCUGUCUCACUCGCACAAGAGUUUGAUCGUAUUGCCGUCUCGCUUGCACACAGAAUGUGAUUGUGUAUUACAAAUAUUGAUUCUAUAUACAAUAACGUGCCAUAAAUUUAUUAUGAUGAAGAUUUUCAUAAGAAAUCAAAUGUAAAAUCUAAUUAUUAAUUGUAUAAGGCUUCCCAUGUUUUUAGGAAAUGCGAUAAAAGACGUAGCUUGUAUGAAAUACGUGAUACAUACGUACAAAAUACUUUUUAUUCCAAUUUUUUAGUUUUUUUCGACUGUAGUACCACAAAAAUUCGUAAAAUUGAUAAUCUGUAGAUAUCCAGGGAAAUCAUAAAAAAUAUAAAUAAAAUGAUAACUGACAUUUCACGACAAAACAAGAUGGCGAACGUCAGGUUUUGGCGCGAAUCAGGUUAAAGCAGUUCUUUGUUAUCUGUGAUACUUCUCAUUCCAAAAAAAAACCCAAAAAAAGAUUUACUAUUAAUAUAACUAAUUUUUUUGGUACUACUAGAGGUUCAAGUAUUCUUGUCACAAAAUUGUAUCUAGCUGAAUAGAAAUAAAAUUUCGAGUAUUAGUAAAAUUAUUACGAAAAAUUAGUCAAUUUAGAACCAUGAAGGUUUUUAAUUACGCUUCAAUUUAGUUCUAUUUAUUUUUAAUAAGAUAGCUUUAUAAAAGACAAUACAAUACAGUCAUUAUUUUAAAAUUAUGUGAACAAAAUAUGUGCGUAAGGUUCAAUUUGCUUUGUACAUAUCCAUACUAAUAUUAUAAAUGCGAAAGUAACUCUGUCUGUUUGUCUGUUACUCAAUCACGCCUUAACUACUGAACCAAUUUGCAUGAAAUGUGGAAAGCUAGUUCUGCAUAAAAAUGGUGGAAUGGUUCUUUCUUGUAUGUAUUGCCAAAGGAAAUUGAGCCUUAACGUCUCAAAAUUUUGAAAAAUAAAGCACCGUCCAUACAAUGCGCCAUAAUUUUAUGAUCAUAAUACAGAUAAUAAAAUGUGUUUUAUCUUAUUUUUAUGACUUUUUAAUUAUGUUUAGGUUAAGUGAAUAUUUAUAUGACGUUUAAAUAUUGAUGUUUAGAUGCAUUUCUUUUGUGAUCUGUUGCUUUUUAAUAAAGAAUGUUGUGCGUUGA